AGCAAAGACAAAGAUUUUGCCUAACGACUGUCAAAACAGUCAAGACAUCUCUAAAGUUGCUGGACAUGAUGGCUUCUCAGCUUCAGAUGCAAAUGAGUGGGUGUCUCACGGAGAAGCAAAGAGAAGAGAACUGGAGAGAGGUGUUUCCCUUGACUGUGGAAACUUUAUAAAGAAAACUCACUUACCUUCUCUGGAGCAGUCAGCAUCAGAGUCCUGUCCUUGACACUUCAGUCUCCACAAGACUGAGAGAAGGAAACCCUUUCCUGGGGCUGGGUGCCAUGCAGCAGCCCGUGAAUUACCCAUGUCCCCAGAUCUACUGGGUAGACAGCAGUGCCACUUCUCCUUGGGCUCCUCCAGGGUCAGUUUUUCCUUGUCCAUCCUCUGGGCCUAGAGGGCCAGGACAAAGGAGACCACCGCCUCCACCACCACCUCCAUCACCACUACCACCGCCUUCUCAACCACCCCCGCUGCCUCCACUAAGUCCUCUAAAGAAGAAGGACAACACAGAGCUGUGGCUACCGGUGAUAUUUUUCAUGGUGCUGGUGGCUCUGGUUGGAAUGGGGUUAGGGAUGUAUCAACUCUUUCAUCUACAGAAGGAACUGGCAGAACUCCGUGAGUUCACCAACCACAGCCUUAGAGUAUCAUCUUUUGAAAAGCAAAUAGCCAACCCCAGCACACCCUCUGAAACCAAAAAGCCGAGGAGUGUGGCCCACUUAACAGGGAACCCCCGCUCAAGGUCCAUCCCUCUGGAAUGGGAAGACACAUAUGGAACUGCUCUGAUCUCUGGAGUGAAGUAUAAGAAAGGCGGCCUUGUGAUCAAUGAAGCUGGGUUGUACUUCGUAUAUUCCAAAGUAUACUUCCGGGGUCAGUCUUGCAACAGCCAGCCCCUAAGCCACAAGGUCUAUAUGAGGAACUUUAAGUAUCCUGGGGACCUGGUGCUAAUGGAGGAGAAGAAGUUGAAUUACUGCACUACUGGCCAGAUAUGGGCCCACAGCAGCUACCUAGGGGCAGUAUUUAAUCUUACCGUUGCUGACCAUUUAUAUGUCAACAUAUCUCAACUCUCUCUGAUCAAUUUUGAGGAAUCUAAGACCUUUUUUGGCUUAUAUAAGCUUUAAAGGAAAAAGCAUUUUAGAAUGAUCUAUUAUUCUUUAUCAUGGAUGCCAGGAAUAUUGUCUUCAAUGAGAGUCUUCUUAAGACCAAUUGAGCCACAAAGACCACAAGGUCCAACAGGUCAGCUACCCUUCAUUUUCUAGAGGUCCAUGGAGUGGUCCUUAAUGCCUGCAUCAUGAGCCAGAUGGGAAGAGGACUGUGACUGAGGAACAUAAAGUUUUGGGCUGCUGCGUGACAAUGCAGAGGCAAAGAAAAGGAACUGUCUGAUGUUAAAUGGCCAAGAGCAUUUUAGCCAUUGAAGAAAAAAAAACCUUUAAACUCACCUUCCAGGGUGGGUCUACUUGCUACCUCACAGGAGGCCGUCUUUUAGACACAUGGUUGUGGUAUGACUAUACAAGGGUGAGAAAGGAUGCUAGGUUUCACGGAUAAGCUAGAGACUGAAAAAAGCCAGUGUCCCAUUGGCAUCAUCUUUAUUUUUAACUGAUGUUUUCUGAGCCCACCUUUGAUGCUAACAGAGAAAUAAGAGGGAUGUUUGAGGCACAAGUCAUUCUCUACAUAGCAUGUGUACCUCCAGUGCAAUGAUGUCUGUGUGUGUUUUUAUGUAUGAGAGUAGAGCGAUUCUAAAGAGUCACAUGAAUACAACGCGUACAUUACAGAGUACAUAUUAGAAACAUAUGUGUUACAUUUGAUGCUAGAAUAUCUGAAUGUUUCUUGCUAAUAAACUCUAAUAGUCUUCAAAACCCUUUUAUUAUCAGCUACUGAUGCUGUUUUCCUUUAAUACACUAGUAUUUAUGUUCUGUGUAUCUUAAUGAAGAAAAGACAAAUAAAAUUAUGUUAUAGAAUAUAGAGACGCAUUAAGGACACAGGCUUUGGAAAUCGGUGAGAUGUGCUUAUUGUUUCUUUCCUGCGUGGUUUCUUCAUCCAUAAUGGCUUUGGAGAAUUCUGAGAAGAAUUUGCACAGGUGAGUAGAGCCGUGUGACAAAUUCCCCCAUCUUCGUUGGUAUCUCUUCUCUGGACCUCACAUUACCCUGAGUUUUGUUUAUCAGCAUCAUGACUAAUGGUAAGUGGACCCAACUCUUUGUAUAUUGGAUGGCAGCUCAUAUUUUCCUGGGGCAGAACUAUGACAAAGUAGAAAGGACAUGGGCUUCAUAGUUAAAUGGCUGAAGUUGAGUCUUUGUCCUUUUUCUUAGCUCACUUUGCAGUCUUUGGUUGACCUCUGAUGUGCAGAAAAGAGUUGAUAUGUGUGUAAUACUAGUGUAGCCUCUUUAAUAUGCGUGUUUAAUAGAACUCUGUAUAGAUUACAGAGAGUUUGAAGCAACAAAUGGGAGGAAAAGUUUAAAAAGGAAACAGACAGAAAAAGCGUACAUCGAUUGAUCAAUAAUACUAGAUAUGAUCAGGUAUCUGAGUGGUCCAGGAAUUGAAUAGGAGAAGAAGAGGGGGCAGUACCAAGACAACAGAGCCCAAGGUCUCAUCCAAAAGACAGUAAAUGUUUCCUGAAUGAACUGAGGGCCAAACCAAAGGCUCAGGUUGGAAAGCCUCUACUGGUCUUCCUCAGAUCCUGUUGUCAUCUGCUUUGGCUGUUCCUUCAUGGAGAAUGUCUGAGAGAAUUUGGUCCUUUGGUUAUAGAUUUGUCUUUCAAGCCACAGUGAUGAAACCCUCCUUGUCUUUUUUUCCUCAUAUAUUGACCUCAACAUCAAACACCAUUGGGAUUGGUGUGUGUUAUCCCUAACAGUGUGUGUUUGGCCUAGCAGUCAAACUACUCUCAUAUCCAUCUCUCUAAGGUGACUCUGGAGUUAUAUAAAUAACUCACUACACUUGAAAUAUUCUGAUUCUUGGCCUUUCGGUGAAGAUCAAAUAUAGUAUUGAUUCUAAUGAAGAGAUACUAACAAUACCUUUAGAAAUCUUGAGCUGUUUUUCUUUAAUUUAAGACAUCAAUAAUGUUACAACCAAAAUACCUUUGACUGUAUUCAUUGAAAACGGGAUCAUUCAUUGUUUUUUAGGGAAAGAUGAUUAAAUAGAAAUUUGAACACAGACCUACACAGAAGUCACUUCUUGUUCAGCAGUUUGAGGUUUUGUUUUCUAACAUCUAACAGCACACAACACCCAUUCUUUUCUUAGCCCCUCAGAGUGGUGGCUUUGUGUUCUCUGAAGUAGGUUUUGAGUUACCACAGCUUGACAGGAAAGAGCUCUCCUGUGGCCAUCAUCAGAGCCACUUUCAGAAGAGGGAAAUAGAGGGGGAAACCUGGCCCUUAAAACCAAAGUAGAUGGUUGCCUUUAUGGGCUAAGGCUUAGACAUCCCGUGGUCUUUAUCAAAAGAAGUGCAGAGGCUGUGUGUGUGUGUGUGUGUGUGUGUGUGUGUGUGUGUGUGU